AUGAAGCUUCUCCACUCCAAGUCGACUGCGGAGCCAAUCCUGGCUGUCACCGCGUGUCCGUGCGCAAACCUCUUCGGUCUCGUCACGCGGAGCUCGGCCGCUGUCUAUCGCUCCACUACCCUCACCACGGUCUUCAACUUCUCCCUGAAGCCCUUCCAGUCCGCACUCAGGGACAAUGCGGCAGAUGAGGAGAGGCGCAAUGGCAGCUCGGUCUGCUGCUGCUGGUCGCCGUCAGGUCGCCUGUUCACCCUUGCGAUGCCAUCGGGGCUCCUGCUCGUGCUAGACGUCGAGGGUGGUGCCUUGGUGCGCUUCCUCACUCCUGGCGCCACGGCCCCUGUAAGCAGCGACGGCGCUAGUGGCUCCAGCUCGACACCCGCAUCAACGAGUGUGCCUCGAGUCCCCACAACGCUCCCGUCCGGCCGCCCUGUGCUCGCCAUGGGUUGGUGUGCGGUGCCGUCGCUCUUCUCCCGGCACGUUAACGCCAUGCACGUGGAUAUGCAGACCCGAUGUCUUCCAGUCCGCACCGGCGUGACGACUGCGUUGCUCGAUGAGGUUGCUCAAGGCUCCUCUAUUUCUCUCUUCGGCGCGGGGGACGCGUCGCAUCUGCUCUUCUCAACUGCCGCGACGAGUGGUAGAUACCCUGCAGAUGCGAGACGCGCCAGCAGAUCCAUAUCGCUGCUCAUGGUGCUUGGCUGCGACGGUGUUCUUCGCUGCCUGAUCGGCGGUCUGUACGAGGUACAACGCCUAGAACUGUCGCUUCCGUCGUGCUACCCUACCCUGCCUGUCAGCGGGCUUCGCGGCAACGUGGCCGCCUGGGAGGACGUCGUCGUUGAAGACAUGCAGGUACGCCACUGCACUGUGUCUACUGAGGCCUCAGCUGGCAGUAGGACGCACCCACAAAGAGAAACGGGGCUACCCGGCUGGAUGUGCUUUGGUGAGUCGGUCGUGAGCGGUGUCCGUCCUGCCGUGGCCCAGCAGCACCGCUUGUAUUUGACUGUUGCGGGCGCGUUAUCGAGCGGUGCCGCAGCACCUGCAGUGUGGGAGGUGAACUUGCACGCCAACCUCUCCGCCCUGGCUGCCCCACAUUGGCUCGCGUUGUGCUAUGUGCGCGAGUACACCCGCAUCGCACGUGAAGUGUAUGAGAAAGCUGCUCGCGAGUGGCAUGCAGUGCUGCGGAGACGUCUCUGGGCACACCUUGGACUUCCCGCUGUCGCUCCACUUCUCUCCUCAGCCAUCCUGGCGCAGCUCACGGAACCUGACCCCUUGGAGCUCUACAAGUACGCGAAGCAGCGACUAAUGCACGCCGCUGUGACCGAGGACCUUGAGGUGAUGGCGACAGCAGUGCAGCGCGCGAUUGACGACGUCACACAUGUGUGCUACCGGUGCUGUGAAGCUGCCAUGGCGUGUACCGUGUACCUCCGCGAGGCGGACACCGUCACGCAGCACCUCGGCACUCUGCGGCGACUCUGCGAAUCCUUUCUACGACGCGUCACGAGAGAGGCGGAGAGCGCGCGUGACUUGGCGCUGUGGGUGCUGCAACAGUCGCACUACUGGUCACGCAGCUCCCGCUUCGCGAUGGGUCCGGCGGAUGAGCGAGCACCAGUGGGGGCUGAAGAGGAUCAGCGGGAGAAGUUGUCAGCGGUGUCGUCACCGUCUGUUGUGGUGGCGGAAACGACUGAAAUGACCCACUCACCUUCGCCGCAACAGCCGCCGUCCGUGGUGGACGAAGUCCCGCUUAGCGCGACGCGCCAGCCCACCCUUCUGAGCUACCUUUCUUCUGUUACUUCGCAAGAGACCAACGUGGAGGACGACCCGGUGGUUUGCAUCUGUGAGCAGCUUGCCAUCAGCCUGCAAGACUGCGCGUCGUUGCCGGCGUCGGCGAUGGCUCCCCUUCCAGCCUGCAUCGUGUUGUCGAAUGUGCAAGAGAGUGGGGCCACCUCCGCCUCGCCUGCAUCGCAGUUCCUGUGCUGUGUUGUGAAGGGAACCGAAGAGGGAGAGCGGGGAAGCCGUGACGGCAGGGACGACAAUGAAAACAUAAUUGACACUUCCGUCACCGUCAAUGGCGGCGACGGUUACGGUAACGAUGAUGGAAUGGCUAAUGGUUACUACCCACGGUACGAGACGGGCCUGGAGGACGUUGCACUCGGGGAAGGUACUCGUGACGUGGCAUGUGGCGAGUGUGGCUGCGCGCUCGUCACGGAAGGGGUCCACAUACAUGUGCUGCGCUGCGCUGCCACCGCAGCCAAUACAAUUCGGCCUCUGCAGAUUGGCACGUACAAGGUGGUGGUGCACCGUGACGGUGAUGCUGGGGACGACUGCGCCGACUCAUCCGCAGCUUCUGGCGCUGUGCUCGAGGCAGGCCCUACGGUAGACGUAGACAUAACUCUCAUCACAUCCCGCCUCAAGGCGGACCUCUCCAGCAGCCACAGCUAUGCAGCACCUUCUGUCAUCUACGGUGCCACUUGGUACGGCUACCUUGAAGCGGAUCGGCACGUUGUUGUCUGUCAGCCAAACUCCAUCACCACAGAUCGUUCUGCAGGCUCUGGUGCCCAGAGCAGGUCGGCUGCGCCGGCACCCUUCUUCGUCGCCGUUGUCGACGGCAGCGGCCGACUAGUGACAGUUGAUGAGGAAGAGCGCGACGACGGCGACAACGAAGAUGGCGGUGAUGCGGCAGACUCUUCAGCCGCAGCGUUGUCAACGGAGGCGGCGCUGUGCGAGGUGACCGGGAUGGAGGGCGUGCCGCUGCGCGUGAGCAUGAGCCGUGCCCGCAGCUUCUGCGUAGUCGCUAGUGUGACCAAGUACAUUGUACUCUCCCUCUACGAUGACGACUACUGA